AGUUCCGGCACACUUCCUGUGUGCUAGAUGGGGACUGUCCUCAUUCCUAUUUGCUCAGUUAUUCCCCCACAAGGCAGGGUGGGGGGCACCGGUGACCCUAGUUCAGAGAUGAGGAAGCAGGCUGAGUGGUCAGUCAGCCUCCAGGGGGGUCAUCCACCACGACCUGAAUCUUGUCCACCCAGGAGCUCUACCUAGAAAGCUGACCUCGAGAGAGUCCGGGAGAGGGCCAGAGGAGAGUCCCCUGGGUUUGAGAAAAGGGUGGGCUCUGGACAGUGGUGGGAGCCAUUCUUGUCUGGGAGAAGCCUGGGAAGGUGGGCAGUGAAAGUGAGCUGGAAGGCAGAAAGGAAGGAGAGGGCCCUCCUGGAGGGGAGGACAGGUAGGCCAAGCCAGGAUGUCCACACAGAGUCGUUACCUCCGGCUGGGUCUUGGCGCAAGCACCUCAGCAUGGAGAACAAGCCCUGCCUAGUCCCUGCCUCUCCCUGCCAGCACUGUCCCCCGCCCUGCACGCCCAUGCUCCAGCUUGUUGUAUUUGCACGAUCCCAGGCCCAACUUGAAAGUCACCUCUUCCAUGGAGCCUUCUGGGAUUGACCCCUGUUGGAACAUGUGGCACUUUCUAUUGACAUGUACAUUUGCCACAUUUCACAGCUCUCGGGCCCCUCUCUGUGCUCACUGUGUGCCCUGAACCAGCACGCGGCCUGGGCUAUAGAGGAGGGGUCUGGAAAACCAGGAAGGGGACUGCGCAGAGAGGCAGGAAAACCUCUGAGCUCCUUAGAGAUGACGGGGCCCUGAAGGAGGUGGAGAGGGAGAAAAAGCAAAGGCAGGAUCGCGGGGCCUCCCACGGGGUCCCAGCAGAGAGAAAGGGGCCAAGAGGGCUCUGAAACAAGUCGCUGGGGCGGGGCGUGAGUGGAGCCGGUUCCUGAGCGCUUCCUACAGGCCAGGCGCCGGGCCGACUCGGCUCAAGUGCCGAUGAUGGGAGGCGGGAUGUUGAGAAAUACCGCCGGGUUCGGCAGCUCCAAGAGAUGGGACCCACCCACUAAGUUUUUGUACUCUCGCGCCUUGAGAGCCCAGCACAGCCCGCCGGGACUCCCGGCGGAUAAGGGGCGGGGCUCGCAGCCCGCCGCCUGCAGCCCUGCGGGGUCAAACCCUGGACCCAGACGCAGUGUCGCCAGCCCGGGUGCCCGGCGGGAAGGGGCAGGGCCGGACCCCAGCGCAGCGCUCAGCCGCCGCGCCUCUCACCUGCCCGCCCGCGCCCCUCGCCCCGGCAGGAAGUGCGGGCCUCGGUGCAGAGCGGGGAAACUGCCGGAGGUCGGGGAGAGAAGAGUACAGAGGGGAAAGGCGGCGACCAGAAGGUGGGGAGCUACGGUUCCUGUCAUGUGACCCCCCUCCCCUCGACUCUCGCAACCCUGCCCGGCGUGGUGGGAGCCGGUCGGAGGACGGUCUCCUCCGGGCACUUGGUCUCUGGGCCCCAGGGCCAAGACUGUGAGGAUCCCUCAACAACCACACACAUCUCUCCCAGGAAGGGGCGCGUUGCCUCCCCAACUUCCACCCCACCGUAGAGAUGCAGAGGCAGUGGUCGGUGCAGGCCCCGGGGGAGCCAGAAGCCGAGCCAGGGGGCGAGGAGCUAUGUGAGCAGGAGAUGAAGCGGCUGUGCCUUUCCCAGCAGCCGGUGCGGGUGCUGCCCUACGCCAUGGUGGACAAGCGCUUUAUCCGGCAGCUACGGGAGCCCGAGGGGGUGAAGACCUCCUGCUGGCAGCAGUGGCGUCGCAGGCGGCAGACUGCGGGCCGGCGACUGGGGGAGGCAGCUCGGCGGCUGACCCGGGGCUGUGGGCUCUGGGAGGGGGCUCUCUACGAGAUCGGCGGCCUCUUUGGCACUGGAAUCCAGUCCUAUUUCACCUUCCUUCGCUUCCUGCUGCUACUUAACCUGCUGACCCUGCUUCUGACCAGCAGCUUUGUCCUGCUGCCCCUGGUCUGGCUCCAGCCCCCUGACUCAGGACCGGCUCUGAACUUCACUCUCCAGUGUCCUGGUAGUGGCCACCUACCCCAGACCGGUGUUUCCAAGUUCAACAAUCUACUCUGGAAUGUAUUUACCGGCAGGGCCUUCAACAACACCUAUCUCUUUUACGGAGCGUACCGGGCGGGGCCCGAGAGCAGCUCGACAUACAGUAUCCGCCUGGCCUACCUCCUGAGCCCACUGGCCUGCCUGCUCCUCUGCUUCUGUGGGAUUCUGCGGAGGAUGGUGAAGGGGCUGCCACAGAAGAUGUUCCUGGGCCAGGACUACCGGUCGCCUCUCAGUGCAAAGGUCUUCUCGUCCUGGGACUUCUGCAUCCGGGGGCAGGAGGCCGCCACCAUCAAGAAGCAUGAGAUCAGCAAUGAAUUCAAGAUGGAGCUGGAGGAGGGGCGUCACUUGCUGCUGCUGCAGCAGCAGACCCGGGCUCAGAGGGCCUGCCACCUGCUCACCUACCUGCGGGUCAACGUCCUCAUCGGGCUGCUGGUGGUUGGAGCCAUCAGCGCCAUCUUCUGGGCCACCAAGUACUCGCAGGACAACAAGGAGGAGUCCUUGUUUCUGCUGCUCCAGUACCUGCCCCCUGGGGUCAUCGCCCUGGUCAACUUUUUGGGUCCCCUGCUGUUCGUUUUCCUGGUCCAGCUGGAGAACUACCCUCCCAACACUGAGGUCAACCUCAGCCUUAUCUGGUGCGUGGUGCUCAAGCUGGCCAGCCUGGGAAUGUUCUCCUUCUCGCUGGGCCAGACCGUGCUGUGCAUCGGCAGAAACAAGACCAGCUGUGAGUCCUACGGCUACAACGCCUGUGACUACCAGUGCUGGGAGAAUUCAGUGGGAGAGGAGCUGUACAAACUCAGCAUCUUCAACUUCCUCCUCACGGUGGCCUUCGCCUUCCUUGUCAGCCUGCCUAGGAGGAUGUUGGUGGAGCGGUUCUCCGGCCGGUUCUGGGCUUGGCUGGACCGAGAGGAGUUCCUGGUGCCCAAGAACGUGCUGGACAUCGUGGAGGGGCAGACGGUCACCUGGAUGGGCCUCUUCUACUGCCCCCUGCUGCCCCUGCUCAACAGCGUCUUCAUCUUCCUCACCUUCUACAUCAAGAAGUACACUCUGCUGAGGAACUCCAGGGCGUCCCCUCGGCGAUUCCGCGCCUCCAGCUCCAUCUUCUUCUUCCAGCUGGUGCUCCUCCUGGGCCUGCUCCUGGCCGCCGUGCCCCUGGGCUAUGUGGUCAGCAGCAUCCGCUCCUCCUGGGACUGUGGCCUCUUUGCCAACUACUCGGCCCCCUGGCAGGUGGUCCCUGAGCUGGUGGCCCUCUGGCUCCCACCCCCCAGCCAGUGCAUCCUCCACUACCUGGGCUCCCACGCCUUCAGAUUCCCGCUUCUCAUCCUACUCAGCCUUGUCCUGACCGUGUGCAUCUCCCAGUCCCAGGCCAGUUCCAGAGCCAUCCGGAGACUGCGGAAGCAGCUGAUGUGGCGUCACAUGACCCAUCCAUCUGUCAACAAGUGCAGGCCCUGUUCUGGGGCUGGUGAUGAGACUGUGGGAGACACAGGGAGCUGUGUGCUCAGUCUGGAGAGGGCGACCAGCCUGGCCGCAAAGAAAGUGACACACACUGCGAGACACAUCGUUAACUAGCAGCUUAGGGUCAACGUGUGGUCCCCAACCACCAGCACCAACAGCACCUGGGAACUUGUCAGAAAAGCCUAUUCCCAGGCCCUACCCCACCUUCUCGAAUGGAGUGGAGCCCAGCCCUGUGGUUUAAGGAGUCCUGGGGUUGGGGAGGUGAUGCUGAUGGCCACUAAGUGGGAGAAUGUCAAGGUCGCUUUGAAACCUCACAGUCCUGAUCACCUUCAUGUGCCUUCAGAGAACCAGCCAAGUGCAUCACCAGAUGUGAGGGGGAUGCACUUUGGGACUUGGAGGAACUCAAACCCUGAGCCUCAGUUUGCUCAGCCAAAACCUGGGGAUGACGCCACUCUCCUCCGUGUGGUUACUUGUAUAGCGUCCUGAUGGGUGUCCUGCCCUUCCUGGAAGAGCAGUUGAGGUCCUAUUACAACAUAGUCAUUGGCCUAAAGGAAGUGGGAGAGACAGGAAGUGGCCCUACGACCGUGCCCGCCCUGCAAGGCAACCUGGGGCUCAGCGGGGAGCCAGCAGGAGGGUUUUGUGGACCUGGGGGCCUUGGAGGAGAGAGGACGCAGGUGGGAGAUGAGGCAGAGGAGCAGGCUGAGCCACGGUGUGGGGAUGGGCCAGGCGGGGCUUGGCUGCACGGAAUGGGGAUCUGAGGCCUCUACGCUGGGCUUUGGGGCCCACGAGGACCGUCAGUGAAGAUGGAACCAGUAUGCCCGGGGCUGGGCUUGGAGAGUCAGGGGGCAGGUAACGACUUUGAGCCUCUCCACCAGUAGCAAAGAAGACACACGUGGGCAGGGGGAGGCCAUGGCGUUACUGCAGUAGGUGAAGCCCGGGUGUCUCCAGGUGCAAGAGCCCAGUACAGAUGCAGGAAGGCAGAAGCCCCAGCACCUCCACCUUGGGGGCCCCAGACUCUCCCUGCCCAGCCCUGAAAGGGCUCCCAGCUACACCAGCCAAGGGAGUCCAGCACAGACUCCCACUCAGGGGACCCUCCCAGGAAUGGGACACGAGGCAAACAAGGAGAUGCUGGUAAGGCCGUCUUUUAUAGGGGAGAUGCCCUCUGUGGGCAGAAAUCACAAAAUGUCAGUCCAGUGGAUGACGGGAGAGCUCUGAGGACACCCCGGCUCGGCUCCAUCUGGGGGCCCGGGCUCACCUGGGGCGCCUGCUCAGUGCUGUCACACCUGCAGCCCGUGGCAAAGAGGCGCAGAACAGCCUCGGCCCCCAUCUGAGGGGCACACAGGUGACGGCUGCAGAGGGGCACGCGGGGCGGGGCAAGAAAGAAGGCCCUGCUUCCACCAAGGCCUGAGGGAAGUGUCCUUCGAGGCCACCCGCCGCUCUAUGCCCUGGCUCCUCAAAUACAUCGAUAAAAGGGGGAGGCUUUUCAUGAGCGGCCUCAGCUCGAACCCGAUGCCUUGAGCACAAGGUAGAGGAAAAACCUCGAGCUUCUCAGCCUUCAGGCCACAGCCUGCCCGCAGCUGAGGCCACCCCUCUGUCUGGAAUCCUCAACUCCUUCCCCCACCCCUCUCAUCAGAGUGAGAACAGACUCUGGGAGGGAAUUUCAUUGGGAAACUAAGAGACUGUUAGCUCUUGCUCCCCAAAUGCAGAGACGUAGAUGGGUCCCCAGGGCACGUCCCCAGGGGUACAAGUCAGGAUUCUGGGUAGCAAUUCUUGCCCACUGGGGACAAGGGACCACCAAGGUGACAGAUAAAGCUAGUCCCCAGGGGAGCUCCAGGACACUGUGUCCAGGUUCUAGUUCCCACCCCCGAACCUCCCACCCCACCCACAUCCUUCCUGCUGUUGGCAGGUGGGCUGGGUCAUCCUGCCAGACCAGCUUCCUGACACGCCCAGACCUCAUGGGCCCCAGCGGCUGCUCCCGAGCCACACCCAGGGGCCCAGGCAAGGGUAGCUGGCCUUUCUUGGGUCAGGUGCCCCUUCCGGGGCUGUGCUGGGAUGCAAGUGUCAUUGACCUGUGAGGUUCUGGAUGAGAGAAGAGCCUGCAAGGAAAGCGAAUGGUUCCCUGGUGUCAGGACAUUGUCCUCGAGGAAGGCAUCUGUGUACAGAUCAAAGAUCCACAUUCCAUGAGAGCAGAAGAAAAACGCAUGCAACUACAUCAGUGUAUAACAGGGAGUGUUUCAGUAAAGUCAUUUCAUUCAUUAAAAAAAAGGCCUGGUUGGGGAGGUGCCCGUCCUCCCUGGGGACGCUGGUGCCACUGCGGGAUUGGCUGGGUGCUGGCCCCCACCUCACCGGUUCCCUCCCUUCUCUCUGCCAUGAGCCCCCAGCCCUAAGGGGUCCAUUCCUUCAAAAGGACCCUCAUGAUUCCAUCAGGCUUCCCAAGUGGCUCAAGAAUCUGCCUGCCAAUGCAAGAGACACAGGAGACGCAGGUUCAAUCCCUGGGUCAGGAAGAUCCCCUGGAGAAGGAAAUGGCCACCCACUCCAGUAUUCUUGCCUGGAGAAUCCCACGGACAGAGGAGCCUGGCGGGCACAACUGAGCACGCCAAGCACACAGCGUGAUUAUAUCAGGCCCCCCUCGCUACUCUGGGAUAAUCCCCUCAUCCCAAAAUCAGCAGGUUAGCAAGUGCCAUCCGCCUGGCCAGCUACCAGAACGUACUCCAGGGUCAGGAUGUGGGCAUCUUCUUCCCAGGGUCCUAGAGUGGUGGCAACCGUGAGCCCUGGAUUGGUUCUGAGCCCCUCCUAAUGCCCUGGGGGUGUGGGGAGCAUUGCUGUUCUGGGCCCAGCCCCGGGGUGCUGUGGUCUCCAGGUUAUCUCCCCAUUGCAGGCAUGCACCCACCCAGGGAGCACCCAGGGGCUCUGGGUAGAGGGCUUCGAUCAAGGAAACGCUUGCUUGCUGGGUGGAGGGCAGUCCAUCAGAGGCCCGAAGCUCCUGCUGCUGCUCUCUUUGGCGGCCCUAGGUGAGCUGCUCAGGGACAUCGUGGGAGGGGGCUGCUGCCAAGGCCUUGAGGUGGCAGGCUCAAGGUCCAGGGGUCUAGAGAGCACAGAAGAGGGGGGACCCAAAGGCCCAGACAGCUCCGGAAGGAUAAGACAGGAGGAUUUGGGCUCGAGUCACAGACCAGCCCCUUAUUGCAUGCAUGUUGGUUUAGUCACUAAGUCGUGUCUGACUUGCAACCCCAUGGACCGCA